AUGCUACAGGAUAAGCCUCUCCUCGUCUGGGUUGGAGACAGCGUGCGGCCAGGGUAUCGGGACGAAUACUUGAAAGAAGACAUACGCCUGGAAGGUCGAGGCCACGCCGCGGUGUAUCCGUGUUACUGCAAGAGCGGUAGACCGAGAGAGUACCGGUGCGAAAACUGCAGCGGAUGUCAAAUGACGUGCAGAGAAUGCUGUGUAGCCGCACACCAACAGAUGCCGUUGCAUCACGUUCAGAAGUGGAACGGUUCGUUUUUCGAGCGCGUGUCCCUCAAGUCGCUCCAUCUCAGGGUUCAGAUGAGUCACGAGGAUGGAUCCAAAUGCAUAUUACGCCAGUCAGGACACGCCAACUUUGUCGUCAUUCAUACAAAUGGAGUCCAUCGCGUCUCCAUUGACUUUUGUGGCUGUAAUAAAAAGGUACCUCACCGGCAGCAGCUUCUACGGUAUGGGUGGUUUCCUUCAACAGUUGACACGCCGGAGACCGCCUGCACCGAGGAGGCUCUCGCUCAAUAUUCGGCUCUUAUGUCCCGCACAAAAGUAUCAGCGCACGGUUACUAUCAGGCGUUAGAGACACUAACAGAUCCUCUCGGCUUGGAUGUUCCACCGAGUCAUUAUAAAGCUUUUCUUCGCAUUAUUCGCCAACGUGAAUACGUUCGUCUCAUGAAAGAGGCGGGCCGCGGUAACGUUCCCAAUGGCAUAGAAACUACAGGUGCAGGGCAGCUCGCUGUAGCCUGUCCAGCUUGUCCCCAUCCCGAAAUCAACUUGCCUGAUGGAUGGGAGAAAGCUGACGCAUCUCAAAAGUUUCUCUAUUGCCUUUUCCUCGCAAUGGACGCAAACUUUCGGUUGAAAAACCGCGACCGCGGCCCAUCCACUUCGGAUACGGAGUUAUUUGAUGGCCUAGCAUACUUCGUAGAGACUGGGCCAUACAUGGAGCACAUCAAGCGUCAUACAGCGGAGAAGGAGACGUCUACGUGUAGUAGCUUUCGAGCAAUCUCGGGUGUCAACAACAAGACAGCAAAGGGUCUACAGGCUACCGGGGUUGGAAUGGUCAUGUGUGCUCGCCACGAGUUUAUAAUGGCGCUCGGCGUUGGUGAUUUACAAGUAGGAGAGCGGAAUUGUAACAUGGAUUAUAUGUUCUUCUCCGUGUUUGCGACGCUACUCCUGCUUCUCGUCGUAAUCUCUUACGACAUUGCGUGCCAGUGGAAAAUAAAUCUAUUCAAGCGUAUGGAUAGACUUCCCGCGGCGAUGCAGGCUUUGCUGGUCUCGGUUGCUGAAAAGCUAAUCUUCGGUGUUCCAAAGUUUCAUGCCCCCGGUCAUAACGAAGCAUGUGCUACCGAACAUUCUCUAAAUCUUAUGGAGGGCGCUGGACGUACCGACGGGGAAGGUAUAGAACGCGGCUGGGCCGAGUUUAACCUGGCUAGCAAUAGUACAAAGGAGAUGACGCUCGGGUUUCGCCAUGAUACUCUGAACAUACUAUUCACCUGCCACAAUCUCCGCAAGUACUACAAUCUGGGGGACAUCCUUCGGCGUCGACUACUACUGGCCGUCGAAGCGCAUGCGGCCCAUCAAGAAGCUUUGCUGGUCUUCGAUGAGUCCAUUGGUGAAUCUACUCGCAACGCUUGGACGGCCAUGAGGGUCGCUUGGGAGAACGAUAAGUCCAAUCCCAACCCAUACAUAUCCUCCAAAAAGAGUAUAACCGAAGCAGACCUUCGGGCCCAGCUUGCAGAGGCAGAGCGAAACAUUCCAUUCCUGCCGCACGACAUUUCACCAAGUACAUUCGUGAAGUUAGCAUUCGAAAUUGAAGAUAAACAACGCCGCGUGCGAGCAGAUGUGGCACGCCUCAAAGAUCUGACAGCGGAGGAACGUGCUCAGCUAGAGCACCGUCGAUCGAGUAUACGCCGUGAAAUUGUCAAAUUUCGUGACAUACAGCGGGUAUACAUGCCCGGCAUCGACGCCUUGAUCGCGGCGAGGGAACGCAACGUCAACACCGAGGUAGAAAACGAAACGCUAUGGCUCCCAUCAGGACUGGGCGAAAUAGAGCGCAAACUGUGCAUUCACCGCGUUGACGAAGUCGAGAUGAAGCUCCGUGUAGCCCAAUGCCACAGCCUGCUAGAUAGGAUCCGCGGGAUGGUGCAGACAAGGUACCAUUUCACACUGUUUCGCAACCUCAACCUUCGAGGGCAGCGAGCCAUCACCCGAGCGUAUAAGCUCGUCCAAGACUAUGACCGUAAGGUCAUUGCCGAGCAAGCCAAGUACGACCAUGCGUACAGGGCGCUGCUCGCGCUGGGAAGCCAAGAUAUUCUUGCCCGGGGAUUGCGGCCGCUCGCACGAAGAGACAUCCGGGCGCUUCGGGAACCCCUGAUAGAAGCCGACACUCCGAGACGACGUGCGAAAGAGAUGGAACGUGGCAUAGGCGAAGGACAUCGUACGGUGUCCUGGAUAUGGACUACGGGAGGGCCUAUCGGCGCGGAUUGGCAAGACGAGGAGGAGACCCAAGAAGGUCUGCGGAUUCAGUGGCUGAAGGCGUGUGCACGGAAGAAACGAUGGGAGGAGGAAGUCGCGCUGCUGAAGGAAGAGAUGCGUCGCGUGCGUGCGUUUCUCGACCACAGAGCGUCUUGGUGGGAAAAGCACGCGAUUAACAUCCGUACGGGAAGCAGCGAAGCGGUACUGGACCGGCAAGCGAUCGUAGAAGGCGUGCGGGCGCACGCGCUGCGGCAAGCUCACCAACAACGUCGGUUACGGGACAGCUUCACGCGCAAGUGGGAGCGCAAGUGGUCAGCGCGGGAAGCGGAGAGCCUUCAGAGGCGUAGCAACCAUCCAGACAUUGAUUCAGACGCAGAAGGGGGUGGCGAUGAACCCGCCGAGGAAGCGGACGUGGGCAACGCGGGUGAGCGUGGCGGCAGCCGCAUUUGA